GAACAGCAAAAUAAACACCAAAUAAAUAUAUAACGGCCGUCUCUUGUCUCCUCAAACGUAACCCACAACGCGGGAACCAGUUUCUUUCAUAUCUAAUUUGCGCUUCGCAAAUCGCAAUCCCUCUCUCUCAUUCAUUUGUUAUUCUUUCUUUCUUUCUCUCUCUUCCGUCGUGCCGGCCUCUACACACACACACACACUCUCUCUCUCUCUCUCUCUCUCUCUCUCUCUCUCUCUCAUGAAUCAUAAUAAAGCUCGAGAAUCUUCUUGCUCUGCAAUUCUCUGCAUCUGGAUUUACUGACUCAGAAUUGAUUUCAGAAAUCAAUGGCUGCUUCCUUUUCUUCGUCUUCUUCGUCUUCGUCUUCUGUACGAUCAUCGUCGUCGGCAACAGCAGUGGCAGCGGUGCAUAAUAAUGGCAGUAACGGUGUUAGUGGGAGGUCUGAGAGACAGCAAGUCCCUCCUACUCACUCCAGUAGACAAACGACGUCGUCACAAGCCCAUAGCCAUCGUUCUAAGCCGUCUUCAAGCUCACGGCGCUCCGUUACUCCCAACUCUCGAACUCCCCACUCUAACCCCGACUAUCAGCAAGAGCCUGGAAGAGUGAGGGUUGCUGUUAGGCUUCGACCGAGAAAUAUCGAGGACCGGAGUUCGGAUUCUGAUUACGCAGACAGUGUUGAGUUGCAGCCAGAGCUGAAGCGGCUAAAGUUGAGAAAGAACAAUUGGAGUUCUGAGUCUUAUAGAUUUGAUGAAGUUUUUACUGAAACUGCCUCCCAAAAUCGUGUUUAUCAAGUAGUGGCAAAACCUGUAGUUGAGAGUGUAUUGAAUGGAUAUAAUGGGACAGUUAUGGCCUAUGGCCAAACCGGUACCGGGAAAACUUACACAGUUGGCAGUCUGGGUAAAGAUGACCCAUCUGAGCGUGGUAUUAUGGUUAGAGCUUUGGAGGACAUAAUUUCGAAUACAACUCCAGCUAAUGAUAGCGUGGAAGUUUCCUACUUGCAGUUGUACAUGGAAUCUAUUCAAGAUUUGCUUGCACCAGAAAAGACUAAUAUUCCUAUUAGUGAGGACCCCAAGACUGGUGAAGUGUCACUUCCUGGUGCUUCAGUAGUAAGAGUUAAAGAUCUUGAUCACUUUUUACAACUUCUGCAAAUUGGUGAGGCAAACCGUCAUGCAGCUAACACGAAGCUGAAUACGGAAUCUUCACGUAGCCAUGCGAUUCUCAUGGUUUUCAUUCGCAGAGCUGUGCAAGAGAAUGCUGUAGAUGAGAUGAUUUCUCAAGAAAAAGCCUCUAGGGCUGAUUUAUCUGGUAGAAAUAGUGUACCUAUAGUUCGAAGAAGCAAGUUGCUGAUUGUCGAUCUUGCAGGAUCUGAAAGAAUAGAUAAAUCUGGCAGUGAGGGCCACUUGCUCGAGGAGGCUAAAUUUAUAAAUCUUUCACUCAGUUCCCUUGGAAAAUGUAUAAAUGCAUUGGCGGAAAACAGUCCACAUAUCCCUACGAGAGAUUCUAAGCUUACGAGGUUGCUUCGUGAUUCAUUUGGAGGCUCUGCGAGGACUUCACUUAUAAUAACGAUUGGGCCAUCAGCAAGGCACUAUGCAGAGACCACUAGCACAAUUAUGUUUGGACAACGGGCAAUGAAAAUAGUAAACAUGGUGAAACUUAAAGAAGAAUUUGAUUAUGAAAGUCUAUGUCGGAAGCUUGAGAACCAAGUAGACCAUCUCACUGCACAAAUGGAAAGGCAACAGAAGUUGUUGGACAGUAACAAAUUUGAAUUGGAAAGUCAGCUGAGAGAAUGUCAAGACUCUUUUUCUGAGGCCAAACAAAAUCUAAUCUCAAGGUCUGAGUUUUUGGAGAAGGACAAUACUCGUUUGGAGUUGGAUCUGAAGGAUCUUUUAGAUGAGCUGAAGCGUCAGAAAGAACACAGUGAUCUGAUGCAUGAUAAGGUUGCACAGCUUGAAGCAAGUUCAGAACAUGGCAAGCAACACCAGCUUGAAAGUUCUAUGUAUCAGAAAGUAUUAGCUGAUACCACUCAGUUGUAUGAGGAGAAAAUAGCAAAGUUGAUUAAGCAGCUAGAAGAAGAGCAUGAUCGUGCUGAACGCGCAGAGGAGCAAUUGGAUGCGGUGAAAACUCUUCUGACUGAAGGUCAGAAGACUAUUCAACAACAUGAGAUGCAAAAUUCUACAUAUCAGUUAGCACUUGCCGAAACUACUCAGAUGUAUGAGAAAAAAAUAUCUGAGUUAAUAGAACAAUUGGAGGAUGAUCACGCCCGUUUUGAAGAUCUGGAAGAACAAUUGGAUUUGGUGAAGAAGCAACGUGAUCAUCAAAACUCAAUGCAGGGGAAGAAGGAGAUUGGUGAACUUAAAGUGAAGUUACAAGAAAUGAAUCAGCUACAUGAACAAGCUGUAAAUGAAGUUCAGUCCUUGAAAUUAGAGCGUACUGAUCUAUCAGAGGAGAAGGCAAGACUCAGUGAAGAACUUCAAGAUGUGAAGCAAAGACUUUUAAUUGAAGAGAAGCAAAGGAAGUCUGUAGAGAAUGAGCUGGUCAAAUUAAAGAAGGCUGUACCAGAGAAAGAAGAUGAUUUUGAGGACAAGAAAUCAUAUAUGAAGGAAAAUAUACAUAAAGGAUCUUCUGCUUUUGGGAAUCCAAUGGGAUUACACAAUUCAAAUCCAUCAAGGGAUACACUUUCUGGUCAGAGGGCCACAAUUGCAAAAUUAUGUGAAGAGAUGGGGCUUCAAAAGAUCUUGCAAUUGUUGACAUCCGAAGAUUCAGAUGUCCAAACCCAUGCUGUGAAGGUGGUAGCCAAUCUUGCAGCUGAAGAUACUAAUCAGGCAAAGAUUGUGGAGGAAGGCGGUUUAGAUGCUUUGCUUAUGCUGUUGCGAUCCUCACAAAAUACAACUAUCCUUAGAGUGGCUUCUGGGGCCAUUGCCAAUUUGGCAAUGAAUGAGGUAAAUCAAGGCUUAAUUAUGAGCAGAGGUGGAGCUCAACUACUAGCAGAUACAGCAUGCAAGACAAAUGAUCCACAAACUCUUAGAAUGGUUGCUGGAGCACUCGCUAAUUUAUGCGGAAAUGAAAGAUUACACAUGAUGCUGAAAGAAGAUGGAGGCAUUAAGGCACUCUUGGGAAUGGCGAGGUCCGGGAGUAGCGAUGUUGUUGCUCAGGUUGCUAGAGGGCUGGCUAACUUCGCAAAAUGUGAAUCCCGUGGAAUUCUUCAAGGACACAGAAAAGGUCGUUCACUUUUGAUGGAAGAUGGUGCCCUUGCCUGGUUGAUUGGAAACUCCAAGACUACCUCAACUUCAACACAACGCCAUAUGGAGCUUGCUCUCUGCCAUUUGGCACAAAAUGAGGACAAUGCAAGAGAUUUCAUAUCCAGUGGAGGGCUGAAUGAGAUUGUACGAAUAUCAGUCGAAUCCAGUAGGGAAGAUAUCCGCAACUUAGCAAAGAAGGCGUUGAGAGUGAAUUCAAAAUUUCAGAAUGAGAUGCAUGCUGAAUAGUAACGUGUAUAGAAUCACA